AUGUCCGACUUCCAAGACACCUCCCGUGGAUUCCUCGGCACUCUUGAACCAGGAAUCAUCAAGACGCUGUCCGGCGAGACAGCGUGGGAUAAUGACGCGUAUUCCUUUCUGUCAAACGGCCAAGAAUGUCCGCCGACUGUUCAUCCGAAACUAUGGCGACAAGGCCAACUCACUGUCAAACACGGCCUCUUCCAAGUCACAGAGGGGGUCUAUCAAGUCCGUGGCUUUGACCUGUCCAACAUGACCCUAGUCGAAGGAAAGAAAGGUGUGAUAAUUAUCGAUCCUCUUGUAUCGAACGAGUGUGCUGCCGCCUCAUUCUCGCUGUACAAGAAGCAUCGCGGAGACCGGCCUAUGACCGGCUUGAUCUACUCACACUCCCACGUCGAUCAUUUCGGUGGUGCAAGGGGAGUCCUUUCGCCGGGAACGGAAGAUGCAAUUCCUAUAAUUGCCCCAGAGGGAUUUAUGGAGGAAGCGACCAGCGAAAACAUCUACGCAGGACCGGCAAUGAGGCGAAGAGCGAGGUACAUGUAUGGAUCAACAUUGCCCCGCGGCGUGGAAGGCCAGGUUGGAUGCGGAUUGGGGAUGGCUACAUCGAGAGGAACCACAUCACUGAUUCCGCCCAACAUGCUGAUUUCCAAUACGAAUGACGAAAGGGUAGUUGACGGCGUUCGGAUCGUAUUCCAGAUGGUAUCGGGCACCGAGGCACCGUCGGAAUUCAACUUCUACUUCCCCGACAGCAAAGCGCUCUACAUCGCCGAGUGCGCAACGCACUGCAUGCACAACAUAUCUACUCUCCGUGGUGCGCUUGUCCGCGAUGCCAAAGCCUGGUCGCGCUAUCUCGACGAAAGUCUGGUAUUAUUUGGGGACCAGGCUACUGUCUUGCUGGCUGGACACCAUUGGCCUACCUGGGGACAAACCGAUAUCACCCGCAUACUAGUUGAGCAGCGUGACAUGUACGCAUAUAUGCAUGACCAGACCGUUCGUCUGAUGAACCAGGGUAUGACUGGGGUGGAAAUUGCAGAGACGCUCAAUCUGCCACCAGCACUCGACAGCGCUUGGCAUCUACAAGGCUAUUAUGGAUCCCUAAGCCACAACAUCAAGGCCAUCUAUUCGCGUUACAUGACAUGGUUCGACGGGAAUCCCGUUAACCUCUGGAAUCAUCCUCCGGCAGAGGAAGGCAAGAGAUACAUCGCUUGUAUGGGCGGUAUUGACAAAACGAUCACAUUGGCUGAAGAGUUCGCCGCUAAAGAUGAUCUACGCUUUGCAGCCACCCUCCUGGGUCAUGUUGUUGCCACCGAGCCUAAAAAUGCCCGGGCACGUAGUGCACUCGCCUCCGUUUUCAAGAAUCUUGGGUUUGGGGCGGUUAAUGCAACAUGGCGGAAUUUCUAUUUGACUGCUGCAGAGGAUCUGGCUUCUAAAAUCACAGCACAAACGCCGCAAACAGGCAAGAUUGAAGAUCUGAAUCCCUUGCUCAGCGUGGAGCAAUGGCUAUGCGCCAUCUCUGUUCAAGUUGAUGGGAUGCGUGCAGCUAGUAAAUCCAUCGUCAUUGAUAUCACACUGUCAGACCAAGGUCAGGACUGGCGACUUAUUCUGAGCAAUGGUGCCUUGAGUUACCGCGAAACAUCUUCCAAUACAUGUCUUGCGGAGAAGUCGGGACUGCACUUGACCGUGACCAAGGAGGAAUUGAGGAGCCUGCUGAUGUGUCGAAUUACGCCGGAAACUAAGAUGCAUAAAGGUAAUCCGAAACUGUUCCGAGAUCUUCUGCAAUUCUUUCCCUGGGGAAGCAAAUCUCCCUCGGAGAGUCAUCUCUAA